CCCUCUCUCAUCUCUCUCUGAACUCAUCAUUCUCUCAUUCACUCUCUGAACUCGUCUCUCUCAUUCACUCUCCGGUCUUUCAAGCUCGUCAACGUCGCCGACCCAUGAAGCUCGACUCAUCCUCAUCUCUGAACUCAUCUCUCUCAUUCACUCUCCAGUCUCUCAAGCUCGUCAACGUCGACUCGUCCACCUCAAGCUCACUCCGCUCUCAUCUCAAGCCUCUCAAGCUCACUCUCUCAACGUCGCCGGCCCGACCAUCGUCAACGUCGCCGCCAUCGUCAAGUUCAGACCCACGCCGCCGAUCUGCCUCGACGCACUUCUCUUCCGCCGAUACACUUCAGGGAAGUUUAGAAGAGUCGGUGGUGAUAUUUUAGAAUUUUCUGUGGCAACGGUGGCGGUAGAAGAGUCGGUGGUGGCUGUGACAGUGGUGGUGGCGGUGGUGGCAGCAGUGGCGGUGGCGACAGUAGCAGUGGCAGUUGCAGCAUGUGUGUAGGUAAAAUAGGUAAAGUAACUUUUGGUGGAGCUAAAAAGCUAAAAUUUUAGCUCUACUACUGCGAAUGCUCUUACAAAGAGAGUGUAUUUUCUUGCAAAGUCUGAAGUAACAUCCAAAGUCCCUAUUCAUCUUCUUUCUGGUGAAGAGUAAUGGCUGUGUCUGUUGUGUCCGGUGUGGUGACAAGGCUUGGUAACUUGCUCGCACAAGAAGCAAUAUACUUGUCCGGUGUGAGUGACAAAGCUCAAGAGUUACAAACUGAGCUUACACGGAUACAAUGCUUUUUAAAAGAUGCAGAUGAGAGGCAGAAUGAAUCAGCAUUUGUAAAGAAUAGCAUUGCAGAAAUGAAAGAUCUUGCUUAUGAUGCAGAAGAUGUCAUUGCGACUUAUGCCCUCACAGUUGCAUCCAGAAGGGGAAGAGGCAUACAAAAGGUCCUAAAGAGGUGCGCUUGCAUCUUGGAUGAAGGAAUUACGGUGCAUCAGGUUGGGUCAAAGAUUGAUGCUAUGAAGACGAGAAUUUCUAAUUUGAAACAGAGUUUUCAAGAAUAUGGCAUAAUAAGUGAAUCAACUCUGUCUAAAAAAAAAAAAAAAAAAAAAGAGAAUCAACAAUGCAAGCAGGUGGGUCCAGUUCUUCGAAUGAGAGGGAACGAGAGCAAAGGCAAACAUUUUCUCAUCUUGAAGAUCAUGUUGUUGGGUUUGACGUUGAUCUAAAGAAAUUGGUGGACUUUUUGGUGGAAGGAGGGGAAGACAAGAGAGUUACUUCCAUAUGUGGUACUGGUGGUCUGGGAAAGACCACUCUUGCCAAGAUGGUUUAUAACCACCCUGAAGUCAAUAAGUAUUUUCACUACUGCGCUUGGGUAUGUAUCUCACAAAGACCUGUUUGGGAAGAAAUUAUGAAUAACCUCUCUCAAUCUCUAAAGGUUCAAAUUAACGGGUGGAGUGAUGCAGAACUUGUCAGGGAACUUCGUCAAGCUCAGGAAAAGAAUAAGUGUUUGAUUGUUCUAGAUGAUAUUUGGAAAAUUGAGGAUUGGAACAUUUUGCAUGAAGUCUUUCCAAAAAAAAGUAAGAUAUUACUUACCUCUCGUAAUAGGGAUGUGGCUUUGCAUGUGGAUCCUAGAGGUUUUCAUCUUGAACUGCGGUGCCUAAAUCCUGAAAGCAGUUGGAAAUUGUUUGAAAAGCUGGCAAUAUCUUGGAGAUCAGACUCUGUGACCAAAACUAUUAUGGAGAAGUUAGGAAAAGAAGUGAUUCAAUAUUGUGGGGGUUUACCAUUAGCCAUCACUAUAUUGGGAAGUCUUUUAGCAACAAAGCAAACACAGGAUGAAUGGGAGGAGGUGCAUAAACAUGUCAAACCAUACCUUUACGAAGAGCAAAACUUACUAAUCAACAAGGUAUUAGCUUUAAGUUAUAAUGAUUUACCUUCCCACUUGAAACCAUGCUUUCUUUAUUUAGGCAAUUUUCCAAAGGAUCUUGGGAUUUCGACAAAAAUAUUGAUUCGAAUGUGGAUGGGAGAAGGUUUUAUAUCAAAAAUUCAACACGGUGGAGGGAGAGAGGAUACAAUGGAUGAUGUGGGACAUCGAUAUUUAAGGGAGCUAGUGCAGAGAAGCAUGGUUUUGGUGGGUAAAAAGACCUCCCUUGGAAGGAUUAAAACUUGUCAAAUGCAUGAUCUUAUGCGAGACUUCUGCAUAUCAAAAGCUGAAGAGGAAAAUUUUCUCCAUUUUACCGAUACUCUUUCCAUGAAACAACAUAAAGAACAAAUCGGUAAAGUUCGAAGACUUGCUAUAGUUUCGGAAUCAGGUGACAAUUCCAUCAAGGGAAUUAAAUUCAAUAAAUAUCCUUACCUAAGGUCUCUUCUCUACUUUCAACCUCAGCAUGAUGAAUCUUAUUUUAAAGAGUCCUGUUUCAAGAAAUUCAAGUUGGUUAGAGUCUUACAUCUAGAAUAUUUUAAAAACCACCAAAGAAAAUUACCUAAAGACAUUGGAUUUCUCAUCCACUUGAGAUAUUUAUCUCUCAAAGAUAGCAAUGUAACUAAGGUUCCAUCAUCUGUUGGCAAUUUGAGGUGCUUGGAGACACUGGAUUUGCGGAUCAACUUCUCCCCAUCAUAUUGUUGCAUUUUACUGGACUACAUUUACCCACAUACUAAUUUAUUGGACUCCCUCUCCAAACCGAGAGUGCCAAAUGUGUUUAAGUAUAUGAAACAAUUGAAGCAUCUUUAUUUACCCAGGGAUUAUAGUGUAUGUGGUAUGUUGGAACUGGGUAAUCUUUGCUAUUUGCAAACAUUGGUGAAUGUUCAGCCCAAAACCAUCAAAAUUCCCACAUGGUUCAAACUCAAUUGUCUUCGGGUUCUUAAAGUAAGGACUAAUAAAGAAGCCCAAGAUGCAAUACAAAUGCUAAUAUCAAGAUCAAGGUGUCCGUAUAUGGAAAAGCUAAAUCUAUAUUACCCUGUAAAGAAGCUUCCAAAAGCUCACCAAUUUUCUCCAAAUCUUGCGAAGUUGACCUUAUCGGAGACUAACCUUGAGGAAGAUCCAAUGGCAACAUUAGAGAAGUUGCCAAACUUAAAAAUCCUCCGCCUUUUCUCUAGCGCCUUUGAAGGGAAGAAUAUGGUUUGUUCUAAAAGUGGAUUUUCUCAACUUCAAUCUAUUGUGCUUUCUUCUUUAUUGAACCUUGAGGAGUGGAGGGUGGAGGAAGGAGCCAUGCCUAGUCUCAGUCAUUUGGAAAUUAAAGAUUGCAACCUAAAGAAGUGGAGGGUAGAGAAAGGAGCCGUGCCCACAAUCAAUCAUUUAGAAAUUACAGUUUACAAUCUAGAGGAGUGGAAGGUAGAGGAAGGAGCCAUGCCUAGUCUCAGUCAUUUGAAAAUUAAAAAUUGUAUCCUAAAGGAGUGGAUGGUGGAGAAAGGAGCCAUGACAUGUCUUAGUAAUUUGGAAAUUAAAGAUUGUAGCCUAAAGGAGUGGAGGGUGGAGAAAGGAGCCAUGAACAGUCUCAGUAAUUUGGUAAUUAAAGGUUGCAUCCGAGAGGGGUGGAAGGUGGAGGAAGGAGCCAUGACCAAUCUCAAUAAUUUGGUAAUUACAGAUUGCAUCCUAAAGGAGUGGAGGGUGGAGAAAGAAGCCAUGACCAAUCUCAAUGAUUUGGUAAUUAGAAAUUGCACCCUGGAGGGGUGGAAGGUGGAGGAAGGAGCUAUGACCAAUCUCAAUAAUUUGGUAAUUGAUGAUUGCACCCUAAAGGGGUGGAGGGUGGAGAAAGGAGCCAUGACCAUGACCAAUCUCAGUAAUUUGGUAAUUAGAAAUUGCACCCUUAAGGGGUGGAAGGUGGAGGAAGGAGCCAUGACCAAUCUCAAUAAUUUGGUAAUUCAUGAUUGCACCCUAAAGGGGUGGAGGGUGGAGAAAGGAGCCAUGACCAUGACCAAUCUCAGUAAUUUGGUAAUUAGAAAUUGCACCCUGGAGGGGUGGAAGGUGGAGGAAGGAGCCAUGACCAAUCUCAAUAAUUUGGUAAUUCAUGAUUGCACCCUAAAGGAGUGGACGGUGGAGAAAGGAGCCAUGACCAUGACCAAUCUCAGUAAUUUGGUAAUUAGAAAUUGCACCCUUGAGGGGUGGAAGGUGGAGGAAGGAGCCAUGACCAAUCUCAAUAAUUUGGAAAUUCAUGAUUGCACCCUAAAGGAGUGGACGGUGGAGAAAGGAGCCAUGACCAUGACCAAUCUCAGUAAUUUGGUAAUUAGAAAUUGCACCCUGGAGGGGUGGAAGGUGGAGGAAGGAGCCAUGAACAAUCUCAAUAAUUUGGUAAUUCAUGAUUGCAACCUAAAGGAGUGGAGGGUGGAGAAAGGAGCCAUGACCAUGACCAAUCUCAGUAAUUUGGUAAUUAGAAAUUGCACCCUGGAGGGGUGGAAGGUGGAGGAAGGAGCCAUGAACAAUCUCAAUAAUUUGGAAAUUCAUGAUUGCACCCUAAAGGAGUGGAGGGUGGAGAAAGGAGCCAUGACCAUGACCGAUCUCAGUAAUUUGGUAAUUAGAAAUUGCACCCUGGAGGGGUGGAAGGUGGAGGAAGGAGCCAUGACCAAUCUCAAUAAUUUGGUAAUUAAUGAUUGCACCCUAAAGGAGUGGAGGGUGGAGAAAGGAGCCAUGACCAUGAUCGAUCUCAGUAAUUUGGUAAUUAGAAAUUGUACCAUGAUUGACUGCAAGGUGGAGGGAGGAGCCAUGCCCAGUUCCGAUCAUUGAGAAAUUAUAGGUUGCAGUGGAUUGAUGACGAUUUCUAAUUGAUUGAGGUCAUAAGUCACAACCCUCAUUGCUUGACAAAGGAGGACGGAAAUGCUGAUCUUUGGCUAACAAGUUUAGGUAUCUCUAAAUCUCAGUUGCUCGACCUCUAUUCUUGUGGCUGCUUGCAUAAUAGUUCAAUGUGAAAUCAUGCAUGGUCUACAACUGGUACGAGUUGAUGUAUGUUAUACAACUUGAAGAUUUUGAUUGCACAGAUUCAUUAAACAUAUUCUUUGAUGCCAGUGUGUAGUGACGUAAAGAAUUGUUUGUUUGGUGAUGGUACUUUGUAUUGAUGUAAACAAUUGGUGAAAUCAUCCAUGGUCAGCAAUCGGUACGGGUUGGUGUCAGUUAUACAAUUUAAAGGAUAUGAUUGCACAGACUCAUUAAACAUAUUCUCUAAUGCCUAUGUGUAGUGAUGUAAGGAAUUGUUUGUUUGGUGAUAGUACUCUAUAUUGUGAUAUUUUGUUGGGUGGUUGUUUGCAUUAGUGUGUUUUUUUUAGUGUUGCUUUCUUGUUUUGCUUUGUUGGCUUUGCUAUUAUUGCACUCUUUGUAUUUUGUUGAAUAAAAGAAAACCAAUGUAUUAUUGGAUGAGAAAAUAAUUCUUUAUUUAAUCUGGGAUUUCUCAUAUUU